GACAGUGGCUCGAGAUUCAAUAUAUAACAUUAUCUCCAAUAAAUCAUGGCAGAUCAAAACGCACGAUGGCUUCUUAGCUCCGCCAAUUGGAAAACGGCCCCUCCAAAUGGAUUCAAAGGUAAGAAGAUCCUGGGCACAGGCUCAUACGGCAUAGCAGGACUCUGGUCAUACGAAGGUCCAGCCGAUCAAGCACCACCUGUUCAACAUGUCGUCGUGAAACAAUGCUCGAAAUCAGAAUACAGCCUAAUCGGCACCGAUCCCUACAUCGAAGGCAAGCUUCUUGAAAUUCUGUCAAAGAUACAAUCCAAACAUAUACUGAGAAUGUAUGGAUCUUUAGUGAGAGCCAUCGGGAGUGAUGGGCAGGAGGAUAUAAGGUUGUUUCUGGAGUAUUGUCCAGGGGGUGAUCUGAGCUGUCUGCUGGAGAGCGGACAUGACAAGAUUGAAGCACCAAGGAAAGCACUGUUGGAAAUUGAUAUCUGGGCCAUGUUCUACUGUCUUGCUCUGGGAGUAGCAGCCAUUGCGCGAGGAACUGAAGAUGAAAAUGCACCCGCGUGGAAUUCAAACACGGAAAUCACACAUUAUGAUAUCAAAGUUGACAACAUAUUCCUAGGUUACAGAGAUGAAGAUCAUCCCCGGUAUCCCAUACUGAAGAUCGCAGACUUUAGUACUGCUGUAGAGGAGCCUCGAGUAUCAUUGCAGAACGACAAAACUGGCUAUGCUCGAGUAAUAGCUGGUGAUCUCUCUAUUCGUCCUCCAGAGGCUGAUCCAGAGAGCGCACCACUAAAGAACCCUCGCAAAGGGACAACAUCAAACAUUUACCAGAUAGGCUGCAUUGUCCAUUGUCUCAUCACAUUGACAACGAAAGAUUUCAGAUCUAAGAAAGGUGGGCUCAAGGGUAUGCUCAACAGUCUUAAGCGAGGUGGAGAAACACAAGGAGCAGAUCUCGACAAGAGAGAGUUCAAGAAUUUAUACUCGAAGACGUUGAGGGAGUUGGUCAUGAGAUGCAUGAUGCGAGAACCCUUGCAGAGACCAGGUGCUUUGAAGCUACAGAUAGAGGUAAGGAAGGGAUUCGAGGCCGCGACUGCUGCUGCAAAGAAGAGUAAUGUGUUCAAGGAUGGAGGAUUGACGAGUAUUCCUAUGGUUGGAACAGCUUGGCCUGAGCCCCCAACUUUGAUGAAAACCAUCUGA